GGGGAAGGUGGGGGAAGAGGAGAGAGAGAGAGAGCGCUCAGUCGGUCGCCUCCCACGGGCGCCCCAAGGGGGACUCCAACCCGCCCCCGUUCGGGCCCUGGACGGGGAUGAACCCUGACCCCUGACCCCGCCAGCGCCCGGCCGGGUUCUGACCUCUGCGCCCUUUAAAGCCCGAUUCGCAUGCGGGGUGACGGCCGCCUGACUUUUUCAUUGAAUUGUAACAACUUCGUGACCUGCAGCCUCCACGUCCCUAGCACCUUACGCCUCAUCACACCGACCUGUUGAAAUGCUAGAAACUUGACAUUUAAUGACCAGAAUGAAUGAAUACCGACAUUGUCAGUGUUUUAAAUGAAAGGAAUCUGGGUGUUCAGAUGUAUUUAAAAAUCCAGCCUUGAAGUGGCUUUUCUCAGGAUGAAACCUGGUUGGAUUUUUCCACUUAUAAAAUGGCACAACUAUUAUUAUAAACUAGCUUUUCAUUGUAAAGGAUGGAACUUUGGGGUUUCCUGAAAUCUAGACUAAAAUGGCGCUGUGUUGUAGGUCAUGACAUAUCAACGAUUUACAAGCACAGAUUGGGCUCCACACUGUGCUGUCAGCAGAUCUGAUUCUGUUUUAAAGUUUUGGAGAUUUCUGGUCUUGGAAUUUUAGAGUGGAGCUAUGCCUGGAAGUGGGAUCGGGGUCUGGAGUGGUAUCCACAUUCCUAGCCUCCAUGAUAGGCCCCCAGGCUCUGUACCUGUGCACUGACAUCAACCCCGAAGCAGCAGCUUGUACCCUGGAGACAGCACGCUGUAACAGAGUCCAUGUGCAUCCCGUCAUUACCGAUUUGGUCAAAGGCUUGCUACCAAGACUGAAGGAGAAGGUUGAUCUUCUGGUGUUUAAUCCCCCAUAUGUAGUGACUCCGCCUGAAGAGGUCGGCAGUCAUGGAAUAGAAGCAGCUUGGGCGGGUGGCAGAAAUGGUCGCGAAGUCAUGGACAGGUUCUUUCCACUGGUUCCAGAUCUCCUUUCGCCAAGAGGGCUGUUCUAUUUAGUCACCAUUAAGGAGAACGAUCCAGAAGACAUUUUGGAAACAAUGAAGGUGAGAGGUCUGCAGGGGACCACCGCACUUUCCAGGCGAGCGGGCCAAGAACUCCUUUCAGUCCUGAGGUUCACCAAGUCCUCACACAGUGUCUGCUCCACGUUAUACUGAAUAAUAUGUAUUACAUUGAAUAUACAUAUGGAUAUAGUAGUAUAUAUGUGUGUGUGUGUGUGUGUGUGUGUGUGUGUGUGUGUGUGUGUAGAUAGGCUGAAUGUAUUCACCAUAUUUUGAAACAAGUCAUUUUUUGGUUAACAAGUGAAACUGUCAGAAAUCUGUCAACUAGAGAAAGGGGACAGGGCUGGGCAUAAUCUUUCACCUACGAAUCAAGCCUACAGAUAAGUACAAGGAAAUAUGUUCAUUAUGUAUAAUUUGCAUUUACAUAUAAAAGAUAGUUAUAUUAUAUAUGAAAGGACAUUAAUUUCAGCAUUGCCUAAAAUAGCAAAGCAAGAAGUCAACCAGUGUGCCAUCAUGAAAGGGCUGGUAAAGGAAGCCACAGUGUGCCCAGGACACUGAAUGUGAGUGACAUCCAGCCCUCCAGCGACUCGGAGCUCUGUGCCUGAACCAGAGGGGCUCGUGGUGUACUGUUCAGUGAAAAAAAGCACGGUACAGAACAGUAUUGUCCUGCAUGUGUAUUUCUUACAGACCCACAGAGAGGGUAGAUCUGUCUGUGCAUAUGAGAGUCUUAGAAGACAUCAGGUGGGAUGGAGGAACUUUUGCUUUUUUGUAGUAGCAUUUGUACAAGGAUAAUGUAUUACUUAUAUAAUUUUUUAAACUUUUCAAUGAAAAAUUUUUAAAACUUU